GCAUCCAAAGAGAUAAUCUAAACCAAUAUAUGAAGUUUACAUCGUCUGGAUUUUCCGUUGUGAAGAUAUUUGCGCAAGCUCCAACGGUUCCAAUACGGCCCUCCGUUUCUACCUCUGGGAGUUGCAAAACCCAGUUCCAGUGUCACAUGCUGUGGUUAGAAAUAUUAUCGCUUGUUACUGUUCAGUACUAGUGGCUGUUUUGGUCACAAACAGUACGAUUGCCAUGUAUGCGACGCAUUCUACACGAAGUAAGCGUAAUAUUCGGUCGAAGAGCUCGCCGCUUCCUUCUAGAUUUUGUCUCGUAAACUUGUCGAGGCCAUCGAGUCGGUCGCUGGGCAACUCUGCCCAGGUUCAAUUUCUUUGAUCCGCACGGAGUUGCGCACACUGGCAUCGGUCACCCGUUCGGAGCUUUUAGUUGCAAGCAAAGCGUUCAGAGUUUGUGAAGAGAAUUAUCUCACCUGACAUGCCGGAUUGAAUCACAAGAUUAUUCUAUUUACGUAUCCAGAACGAUUUUGAGAGCAGACAUUAGAAGGUAAUGGCGCCGUUUUUGUUGCUGUUAAAUGCGACCAAAGUAAUAGGUGCAGCAGGAAUUAUAGCUGUUGCUGUCGACAGUGUCGCUUAUCGUCGUUAUCGAAAGCGGAAUUUAACUCCAUUCGAAAAUCCACUCGACGAGACCGAAGAAAUUCUUGCAAGAUUUGAAAUUGAAGAAGAUGUGGAGGACGGAGGUUUUUUUUUUGCUCUAGCCACAGCACCAGCACAUGUUGAGGAUAAACUGAAAGAUGCAUGGCUAGAGUUCGCUGAGCAAAGUGACGGCAAGCAAUCUAGCGCCACUGGACAUCCCGAAAUUCGAGAUGAAAAGGCUGAAUCAGUUGGAAUUUCACUGGUAGAGGAGCUGCAAGCUGCAAAAUUAAAUGAGGCCAGGGAUGAACGCGCAAAGGAGGAUGCUGAGGUAGUGAAGGGGGAGAGCAAGCCAGAGUCAUCGGAAGAGGGGGAUGAAAGCGAGAAAUUAGUGGAGACGUCGAAGGCUGAUAAAACUGUUAGCCCCGAGACUCCUACUGGGGCCGCUCUCUCCGAGUGGGAAGUUGUUAGCGAAGGUUCAGAAAAAGGGAGAUACAGUCGUUCACCUUCAGCAGAAAGAGAAGAGAAACUAGAUAUCAGCACAGGCAAGGAUCAAGAUGAACGAGCAUCAAGUGCACCUGAGAUGCAGCUGGAAGAUGCCCCUCCCCCCUUCCCAGCAGAUAUGGAAUCUCUUCCCAGUCAGUCAGAUAUUCUCAAGCGCCGGGCUAAAGGCAGUACUUCAUCUCCGACUCUCGUUAACCUGCCCCAAAAGACUAAGCAACUUGCAAAGGUGGCUAUGGAGGCUAUGAUUCGCGGUAUACAGAAAAUCACUGAAGAGGAAGAAACUGCAAAUGUGGCUGCGUGGCAAAAUGCUUUUCACCCGGAGGAGAGACUGCGAUUUUGGACUGAACCUGACACGGAGCUCAAGCUUGCGAAAGAUGCAAACGUCAGUGUGUUUCGAAUGGGAGUUGAUUGGAGCAGGAUAAUGCCAGUUGAGCCACUCAACGGAAUGACCAGUGCUGUGAAUUGGGGAGCUGUUAAAAGAUACAGGCAAAUUAUCGAGAGAGUUCGUGAUCACGGCAUGAAAGUUAUGCUUACUUUGUUCCAUCAUUCUCUCCCAAUCUGGGCGGCUAAGUAUGGAGGGUGGAAGGAGCCGAAGACCGUCAAGUAUUUCGUUGAUUUUACCAGGCUUGUCGUUGACCAAUACGCAGAUUUGGUGGACUAUUGGAUUACAUUCAAUGAGCCCCACGUGUUCACUAUGCUCACAUACUGUGCCGGUGCCUGGCCUGGUGGUGAUCCCAACUUGCUAGAGACGGCAACUGCUGUUUUUCCCAAGGGGGUGUUCAAGGUUGUAAUGGCUGCAAUGGCCGAUGCUCAUAUUCAAGCUUACGAUAUCAUUCAUGCGAACAGUAAGAAGAUAUCAAAGAGGACUAAAGUCGGCGUCGCCCACCAUGUCUCUUUUAUGAGACCAUACGGUCUCUUCGAUGUACCAUUGGUCAUGUUUAGUGAUCACUUUACGCGAUUUGCUUACGUUGAUGAUGUUUGCAAGAAGUUGGACUAUCUGGGCAUAAACUACUAUGGCCAGGAGGUUAUAUCAGCACCUGGACUGAAGCUUGUGGAAAAUGACGAGUACAGUGAGUCAGGACGGGGUGUCUAUCCUGAUGGGUUGUAUCGCAUUCUCAUUGAUUUUCACAACCGCUACAAGAAGUACAACAUUCCUUACAUCAUUACUGAAAAUGGAGUGUCAGACUCGAGCGAUUAUAUCCGUCGGCCAUAUAUUAUAGAGCAUUUGUUGGCACUCCGUGCUGCCAUGAGUCAGGGUGUACCUGUUCGAGGGUAUUGCUUCUGGACCACCUCGGACAACUGGGAGUGGGCAGAUGGUUAUGGCCCAAAGUUUGGACUGGUUGCUGUAGACCGGCAUCACAAUCUCGAACGAAUUCCAAGGCAGUCAUACUAUCUUUUCUCCGAGAUUGCGAAAACAGGCUAUGUAACGAAGGAACAGAGAGAAAAAGCAUGGAGAGAACUGCAAGAAGUCGCUGAAGAAGGGAAAAAAAGACCGUUUUGUCGGUCUGUGGAUGAAAAGGGUCUCAUGUAUUCAGGGGGCUUGGACAUACCAAUUGAAAGGCCAUUCGUGUCAAGGGACUGGAGGUUUGGUCACUACGAAAUGGAUGGUCUUCAAGAUCCAGUCAGCAGAUUCUUUAGGUUUAUAGUUUCUGGGGCUUUUCUUGGUCUUCGACAGGCUCCCAGAAAAGCCAGGGGAGGCAUUCCAAAAUCUAAAGAACCAACGGGAAUGGACUAUAAAGGCGUGCCAGAUGUAAGAUUUGCUGAAAUGCAGGAGAGAGCUACAGCAGCAGCCUGAACGUAAGCGGUCGGCGAGUUGAUUAGGUUGUAAAAAACGAUGAAUAGGUUUGAUCUUGUACCAGAGGAGGCUUUAAACUUGUAAAUAUAGAGCAAGAAAGGAAAGCCUUUGGUGUGAAAAGUCAAACUUUAACCUUCCAGAGGUUUUGUGUGAAAUCUUGGAGUUCAAAACAGACUGUAAAACACUGAGCUGCAUUUGC